CUGGGGCUUGGUUGUUGUUUUUUGGGUGCGAUUUUUUUUUUUCCCUCCUUAUUGAAGAAGAAGGAAAAAGAGGAGCUUUCCCAGCGACUGGAAGGAGACAAAGUUGUUUCGGGCGGCAGCGGCGAGGCUGGUGGGCAAUUACUUUUAUCCUUGCCGAGGGGACAGGCUGACAGACUGACAGGGGUGACACAGUAAUUCCUUCUGCUGGCCUUUGUAUGUGGACCACCUUCUUUCUGUCCUGUUCAGCCCAUAUAGAUUGUGCCUUAAAUGUAGGCUCUCAGUGUGGUGUAAAGCUGAUGGGUGGGAGCAAAGGUAAAGAAUGAUGUAAUGCAGCAGCAGCCAGAAAGCAUCUUUUGUGUGAAUUGUGAAAUGGCUACUCCAUAGUCAUCUCCCAAUGAAUCAGACGUGAGGGGCUGCUUUGUGGAGCCAACCCUUUGUACAUCAACUGGAAGCAGGAGGAGACAUUCAGUCCAAGAGCUCUUUCUGAAAAUGGAUUUAACUUUUCUUUUGCCAGUCACUACCAGCAUGACCUCAUACACUUCUAGUACAAUGGUGUGGCUAAGCCUUUGAGUACACAGCCAUUACAUCAUCGCAGCAAAUUAGAGAGGGAGGUGGGGAAAGAGGCCUCAUUGUUGUCAUGGCCGAUGAGAUGAUCAGGACCCAACUCAUUGUCGCUGAGAAGUUGGUGGCUUUGCUGGAGAGCGGUACAGAGAAGCUGCUGCUGAUUGAUAGCCGCCCCUUUGUGGAAUACAACACAUCCCACAUCCUGGAUGCCAUCAACAUCAACUGCUCCAAGCUCAUGAAGCGGAGGCUGCAGCAGGACAAAGUUUUGAUUACAGAGCUCAUUCAGCAUUCAGCAAAACACAAGAUUGAAAUUGACUGCAAGCAGGAAGUGGUGGUGUAUGACCAAAGCUCUAAAGAUGUGACCUCUCUCUCAUCUGACUGCUUUCUCACUGUGCUCCUGGGCAAACUGGAGAAGAAUUUCAGCUCUGUGUAUCUGCUUUCAGGUGGAUUUGCUGAGUUCUCCAGCUCUUUCCCUGGUCUCUGUGAAGGAAAAUCCACACUCAUCCCUACUUGCAUUUCUCAACCCUGCCUACCUGUUUCCAACACUGGCCCAACUAGAAUCCUGCCUCAUCUCUACCUUGGGUGUCAGCGAGAUGUCCUCAACAAGGAGCUGAUGCAGCAGAACGACAUUGGCUAUGUCCUGAAUGCCAGCAAUACUUGUCCAAAGCCUGAUUUUAUUCCAGAAUCCCAUUUCCUCAGAGUGCCUGUGAAUGACAGCUUUUGUGAGAAAAUUUUGCCUUGGUUGGAUAAAUCAGUCGAUUUUAUAGAAAAAGCAAAAGCAUCCAAUGGCCAUGUGUUGGUGCACUGUUUAGCUGGGAUAUCUCGCUCCGCUACAAUUGCCAUUGCAUACAUCAUGAAAAGAAUGGAUAUGUCCUUGGAUGAAGCUUACAGAUUUGUGAAAGAAAAGAGGCCAACCAUUUCUCCCAACUUCAACUUUCUGGGCCAGCUUUUGGACUUUGAGAAGAAGAUCAAGAACCAGAGCGGCCAGCCUGGCCACAUCAGCAAGCUGAAACUCCUGCAAUUGGAGAAGAGCAGCGAGCACGUGCAGGUGCUGGAAGCGGGGCCGAGCAGCCUCUCCACGAGCCAGCUCUGCCUCGCCGCUGCCUCGGAGCUGCUGGAGCCCAAGCCCACGGACGGUGGCCCUGCGCCCCGCGGGCACGCGGCCCCGCUGGAGGACGGCCCGCUGGUACAGGGCAUAAACGGGCUGCACGUCUCCCUGGACAAGGUGGAAGACAGCAACCGGCUGAAGCGCUCCUUUUCCUUGGAUAUCAAAUCCGUGUCCUACUCCGCGAGCAGCAGCUGCGUGACUGCAUCGGUGCAGGGCUUCGCAUCCUCCGAAGACACGCUGGAGUACUACAAACACGCGGCCGCGCUGGAGGGCGGCAGCAAGCUGUGCCAGUUCUCCCCCGUGCAGGAGGUGUCGGAGCAGAGCCCGGAGAGCAGCCCUGACAAGGAGGAGGCGGCCCCGCCCCAGGAGGCCCCGGGCCCGUGGCCGCUGGACAGCCCGGCCUCACGGCCACACGCGGGCCGGGCCGGCGGCAGCACGGCCGCGCCUCGGCCGCUCCCGUACCCCCUGCACCGCAGCGGCAGCGUGGAGGACACCUACAGAACCAACUUCGUGUUCGGGCUCUCCACCAGCCAGCAGCAGCUGGCCAAGUCCGCCGCGGGGCUGGGCCUCAAGGGCUGGCACUCGGACAUUCUGGCCCCGCAGCCCUCGUCCCUCACCAACAGCUGGUAUUUCGCCGCCGAGUCCUCGCAUUUCUACUCGGCCUCGGCGGUGUUCGGGGGCGGCGCCGCCUUCCCCGCCUACAGCUGCAGCCAGCUGCCCUCGGGCUGCGAGCAGCCCGGCGCCGUGCGCAGGCGGCCCCGCCAGGCCGACCGCGGCGACUCCCGGCGCAGCUGGCACGAGGAGAGCUCCUUCGAGAAGCAGUUCAAGCGCAGGAGCUGCCAGAUGGAGUUCGGGGAGAGCAUCCUGGCGGAUAACAGAUCCAGAGAGGAACUGGGCAAAGUAGGCAGUCAGUCAAGUUUUUCAGGCAGCAUGGAAAUCAUUGAAGUGUCCUGAGGGGCAGCGGCUCAUGUGACUCUGCCAGAGUCGCUUCCCCUUCCAGGCCGCUCCCCCAGCGUGUGAGAGGUCCCUGUAAAUCUGAAACUUUGGGUAAAAAGGUGGGGGGAGGGAAGAAACGGAGGCUUCGGUGUGAGCCGGGGAAAGGUUGGUACUGCAGAGAAGGGACAAUGGCCUCUGCCCGAGGAGACCCGAGUGUGCUGCUGGGCUUUUCUCCUCCCCUCCCCGGGAGAAGGGCAGAACAUUUCACAGACCUUUCCCUGUCAGAGGAAGCAAUUCUAUGCAAUGGAUUGCACGUCCUUUCAGUGGCUUUUAACAAGGAAGCUCUCUUGGUGUCAGACCCGUUCUCUGGUUCCGCUGAACCACACUCCUACCUGUCAGAACUAGUUUUGUUCUCCCCUUCCCACUCCCCACGUCUUCACCAGUGCACCUUAGCCCUGACACUGAGCCAACCUCUGGAGGGAGACCUUUUUCCUGUAAGAAAAGGAGACUGGGAGCGAUUCCAAAGGCCAUAGGGACCGGUUACAGCAAGGCUGGUCUGAACACACCGUUCAGACAAAUGUAAAUACUGGUGUAAGUAUUGUUCUAAUGGAUAGGCUUUAGGUGAUUCGCUAGAGAGCUGCUUCAGAGAAAAAAAACAAAAACCAGUACCUCAAAGAUACACAGAAUAAACUAGGGCUUUAUGGCUGCCACAUGCUGGUAGUCAGUUCAAUGUGAACAAGUAAUGACUGGCCACGUUUGAUUAUUUUUUUUUUAAAGCUGUCUACGCACAAGUGUUUCAGCUGGCUCAGCAGCAGUUCUUAAAAGAAGAUGAAUGAACCAUACUUAGGACUGUUUCCCCCAGUCUUUUGAUACAGUAUUUGUAUGUUUGAUAUUAGGCUGGCUUCUGGGAGACAGGUAGCUGCCUUGGCUUCUGAGCUAUAAUGGAGUGGUUGAUAGGUAGGGCUACAUGCAAGAGAAGCGGCUGGUACAAGUGGCCACAACAGGCUUUUCUUGCCCAUUUACAAUUCAACUUCUCAAAACCAAUUCAAAUGUGUUGGGGUUUUUUUAAGGUAAAAAUGAGUUGGGGUGGGCUUUUGACCUUAACUGAGCAGUUCCAGUGUGGAACUGCAGACGCUCAGGGCUGUAGCGUGUCCUCACCGUCGGCACCCCAGGGCAGACACCUCCAGCUCGAGGAGGUGUCACAUCCCUGGUUUCCCAGGAGAUGAGGCACAGCCCUUCUCAUGUUUUUGACAGCAAGCAGGUGCUUCUCCUCCCACCUUGGCUGCUGCUGACCUUGGGCUACAUGUGCAUGUUGCCGUGAGAGGUUUAUGGUCAGCAAGGGGGAGUACCAGAGCCACUGUGUAAAGCUGCAUCCUUCCUGCUCCCAGGGCCUUCCCCAGCACCCCUCAGAACACGUGUGUUGAGGGGAAACUAUAUUGUUUUGUCCCAUUUCAGUGCAGGCAGCUGAAAAUUGUAGUAACAAAUAAUUAACCCUGGACAACAGCUUUAAAAAAAAAAUUGUCAGCAGCAAACUGAAGCCCUAAUUAAAGUCAGCAGCUUGGGUUAUAUUUGGGGUUUUUUUACUGUAAGUUUAGCUAGUUUGUGACUCAAAUCUCAGGUUUUACUAUACUGAAAAGUGGAGAAAGUUUUUGUCAUUGUUUUGUUUUGUGGCUAGGAUGUGACUUUAAUUUCCUACAGUGGACCGUUGAAAAUAGCACUGAAAGCUACAGCAUUGAUUAACUUGAUCCUAAAAAGUGCAAAAGGCACAGAGAGAGGAAGCACCAGGAGUCACUGAGCCCAGAGGCUCUUUGUGCUGGAUGAUGGUUGACAUCACCCUGGACACUGUGUCAGGUGUUGGCUGUUCAUGGAACAUGCUGCCACUUGUCACUGUUUACAUCUCCAGUGGAAGUGAUUACAUCACGACUAUUUUCAGCUGUGCGUGUAUUUACCUAUGUAAACAGCUGAACAGGGCUCCUCUCAGCCACAUUUCAGGAAAAGCCCAUGGCUUUGAUUAAAAGCAGUUAAUGGGAGUUAACACGUAUCAAUCUCUAGAGGCAGAAACAGAUUCUUCCUCUUUUGUGCUCCUUCAGACUGUGUGUUUGGGGUUGGUUUGGUUGAUUGCCUUCUGAGGAACUGAAAUCUUGUCUUGUGGCUCCUCGUGAUUCCCAGUGUGUUCUGGAUGUAGGCUCAGUACUUACAGGGGGCAGGUUCCCAUAGGAGGAAGCCUUAACCCCAUGUCCUGCACAGGGUGGUGCCCAGCCUGGCUCAUACCUGAACUAGAGUCCUGUCCCUGAACAAUACUGGAAAUGGUUUGCAGAAGUCUGGAAAGCAAAGUGGAGGAUGUGAGAGGGAAAAAUGUGUACAUGUUCAAUAUGAAUAUAACGCAUGGCAUUUGGUGUGUGGCAUACUUGGCAUGUUUGGUGUAUGGCAAGCUGGUGAAAUGGUUCAGAGAGAUGUGAGUUUCUCAUCUUGUUGUGUCAUGAGCAUUACCUGUAUGUUAUGAUGAAAUAAAAUCAGAAAUGGUACCUGUUUAUACAGAA